UGCAUGAUUUUUAUUGGCUGACAUGUAUGAGUUUGUAUGUGAUUGGUUGUUUUUAAAGGAAUUAUCUCUAUACCUGUACUACUUACAGGACUCUGUCUAAUAUACUUUUAAUUGACCCCGACGAAGGCUCCUUGCCGAAACGCGUUGGUCUUUACAUUACGGUUGCUCCUAAGUUGCUGGACCUGUUGUUUUCUUAUUUGUGGCACUUUACUUUUUUUGUUUGUUUGACCCCUUUUAUCACACAAUUCUCUUAUGUACUUAUGAGGUACUGGAAGGGAACAUUUAUACGUUAUGACAGUGUUUUAAUAUUUGCGUUAUUACAUAGAAUACUUGGUCUGAUAUUGACAUAAUAUCCAUUACAGUGUUGUAAAUGUAGCUAGGUCAGUGGUUUAUAUUAAAGAUUUGUCCAGUUGUUGAAAACCUAUCUCGACUCGAAUCGACUCGCUUCUACCGAAAAUGCAAAUGUGAGACGGCUGUUAUUUCGUUGUGUCAGUGAGAGGGCGAGGGACACACUUUGGUUUUAUGUUUAACGUGUCGUUAACGGCAGAGACAAUGAUUAACUACCACACAGUGAGUCAAUGUAGUUGUUAGCUGUUUGUGUUCGAGCUCACCGGCUGUCAAAAAAAGCUGGCUAUAUCGGAGGUUGAUGUCACAGCACUGUGUAACCACAGUGCGGGAAACUAACGUUAAGCCAACCGCCUCCUUGCUCAACGGAUUUUUACAACGGCUGUUUUUGGCUGGCUUUUACCCACAGUCAUGUGAUUGUAACGUAAAACCCCUAACCGGAAAACACCGACAGACGACCCUCUCCGCCGCCAGCGAAAGCUGCGUUUGCAAAGGAACAGUACAAGCUGCUGCGAGGGCAGAGAGGACGGACGAGUCCCCGGUAACAAACAACGGCGACACUGCAAACUCCACGAAUUUAAGCGGAGUGCAGGUUGAAGAAUGGAGUUAGCCAACCAUGGUCUUAUCCUGCUGCAGCAGCUUAACGCUCAGAGGGAGUUUGGCUUCCUGUGUGACUGCACUGUGGCCAUAGGAGAUGUCUUCUUUAAAGCCCACAAAGCCGUCCUCGCUGCCUUUUCCAACUACUUCAGAAUGCUGUUCAUUCACCAGGACAGUGACUGUGUGCGCCUGAAGGCAGCUGAUAUACAGCCAGAUAUCUUCAGCUACCUCCUCAACCUGAUGUACACAGGCAAGCUUGCACCGCAGCUGAUAGACCCUGCACGUCUGGAGCAGGGCGUCAGAUUUCUGCAUGCCUAUCCGCUCUUGCAGGAGGCCAGCCAGUCAGUGUAUUCACACCCUGAGCACAGCGUCAACCUCUCCACCUCCCUCUAUGGUAUACAGAUCUCUGACCAACAGGCGUCGCUGUCAGCCAGACUGCCCAGUCAACAGCAGCUCUCCCCACCAGUUGACAUGGAGCAGCUCAGCUCAGAAGCGAAGUAUUUGUCCACGCCAGCUUCAUACACAAAUUCCUUACAGUCAAAGCUUGCGUCCUCACCAGACAUGGAGGCCUCAACCAGCAGCGUUAAGCUGACAGCUGAAGAGGGAGGGGGUGACCCGCUAGGUGCAGAUGGUUCCUCAGCCAGCGCUAUCCUCCAUGUAAAGCCCAGCAUCAUGAAGAGGACUGCCUCCUUUAGGAAGCAUUACUCUUGUCAUCUGUGCAGGAGCCGAUUCAACCAGAGAAGUCUGCUGAGAGAGCACCUCCUGCAGCACACCCAGGCUCUUCAGCAGACCCCGACCGAGCCACGCAGUGCACUCUCGCCUGUUAUGACUGGAGAACACAGCAUGCUAGAGGCAGACGGCAUCCUUAAGGGAGGCAAGCCAGGCUCGGGGGCCUCUGCUGGCCCCGCCGCGGUAAUCAGUGACAGUGAGCAAACGCCUGUUUCAGGGACCAACUCGGACUCUCCCCAAGCAGAGGUGUCCACCUCCAGCUGGGGGCCGGGAGGGUUAAACUCUCAGGCCGAUACACCGCCUCCGUCAGACAUUGCGGACAUUGACAACCUAGAGAGUGCCGACUUGGACCGAGAAGUGAAGCGGCGAAAAUACGAGUGUUCAACAUGUGGGCGCAAGUUCAUCCAGAAGAGCCACUGGCGGGAACACAUGUAUAUCCACACGGGAAAGCCCUUCAAAUGCAGCGCGUGUGGCAAGAGUUUCUGUCGGGCCAACCAGGCGGCCCGCCACGUGUGCCUGAACCAGGGAGCUGACACCUACACCAUGGUGGACCGACAGAGCAUGGAGCUGUGCGCUGCAGGCGACGACGCCAGCCAGAUGGAGGCAAUAUUCUUGGGCUCGUCGAAGCCUUACAAGUGUAACAUUUGUGCAACCACAUUCUCCAGUCCUAACGAGGUGAUCAAACACCUGUGCUUCACCCAAGGGGGAUUAAUGGGGCUGCAGGGAAAUACUGGCGCAGGGAUGCUGCUCCAGCGUGAAGAGUUUUCCAAAGAUGAAGGCUCUGACUUGUCCAACUCUGGCACCCCAUUAGAACCCAUAAAGACAGAGGAGAUCCUAGUGGAAUAAACCCAGAACUGUG